UAAUGUGUGCAGCGGGGCAGGAUGUAGCAGCGGGGAGCUCCUGAGAAGUUAGUGGAUGUGUCACAGAGUAGUGGGUUGCUUGCACCUCAAUCGUCUCCUCGCUUCUGCUCUCCAUACUCGCCUACUGAAAGCUCUUCCAAAUCUGGCUUCACUGGAGGUGUUCUUACGUGAGUGUCAGAACGUAAAGAGAAAGGAAAACUGGCACGGAAAGCUAGCAACUUACGCAGACAUGGCCACUGAAAAGCCCCGACCGCUGCUGCUGCUGCUGCUGCUGCUGGUGGCACCUUCACUCGUGGUAACUGCUGACAUUGAAGGCUUGAUUUGCUCGGAACCGAAGAAGUCCACCGAGUCCAAUCCCGUCCUCGUUGACUUGUCUCAGGAGCCUCAGCAGCCAACCAAGAGCAUUCGCUUCACCGCUCCUAUGAGAGACAUAAAAUGGGAUGCAACCUUCAUUUUUGUAAAUAUAUAUGAAAAAAAAAUCACUUCUCGCAUUUCCAUGGAAAUUAAGAAAACUAAAUCCGGUGCAUACUUUUACCCCCUGAGGCUGUACACAGAAAAACAUUCCAUAAUAAACCACCGACUGGGGAAAAACUGGUUGAAUGACGGCGGACAGGCGAACAUGUAUGUGAACAACAACAAGUCAUCAUUGACCAUCGUCUUCCAAGAUCCCAAUGAGCAUGACAAAAAGCUCGUUUUUGAACUAACAGACCCAGAGAUUGAAGGAAUCGACGCUGUGAAGGUGGUUGGGCGACUAGAGGUGGAGUCGUGUUCGGAUCCUGAGAGUGUCCCAGAAACUACAACCACAACUACUUCCACCACAACAACGAGGCCUACCACAACCACCACCACAACCAGUACGACCACCACUACCACUCCCAUCCCCACUACCACCACUCCCGCCCCCACCACCACCACUCCCGCCACCACCACUACCACCACCACCGCUCCCACCACUUCUGCCACAACUGAAGUCUUCCCCACCGACGACGCAUUCCUCACCACAGAGGGCGAGUCCCCCCAUAUUGAGGCUGUGAUUGGACCGGGCGGCAGCGAGGAAUGCAGAGUUGUGCCGGUGUGGGCAUGGGGAUGUGCGGGCCUGGCAGUAGUGUUCUUCUUGUUCAUCUUGGGACUCAUGGCUUAUUGCAUCAUCUUGCAAAAGCGCACUUGGAGGAUUGAAACUCUGACAAAAAAUAAAACAGGAGGGUUUGGAUUGUCGGCCCAGGACAUGCACUAUUAUGAGAUGAAGAACCCAAACCUGAUGGUUGGAAACACUGUCCCCCGAAUCAAGACUCCUCGUCCGUCGCUUUCCCCAGGACGCUCACCUUGCAACAGCACCUACCGUCUGUCCGACAACAGACAAUCCAAUCCGACCCCGACACCCAACACUCUCAGUCUUCCUGCUCCUGACCUGGGGGACUACAAGUGUGACACUAUACCUCCUGGAGAAAAAUCGAGUAACCCACAAGUUUCCUCCUCCCGUGAUGAAUUGUGCCCCAGUGAAGAGCUUAAUAUUUGAGUUUUUAGUGGGCGCUGGCAGGCUGCCAUGAUGAAUCGUACAGAUCAAGAAAUCUUUUAUGACUCUCCUAAGCACUCAUAUGAACGCAAUGUUAGAUAAAAAAAUCGCAACCAUCUGUUUGUUCCUGAUUACAUGCCUUAACUUCAAAAUUCUGUCCACGUGAGGGACCAAGUGCUGAUGUCCAAAUAAUUUCACGCGCAAAAGAAUUUCUCAGUUCCCCAAAAAAUAUAUGUUGAAAGGUUUAAAAACAGAGGAUAAAGGCACUCUCACAGAAAAAAAAAGUUUAUAAACACCUUAUAAUUAUAUGCUCUGUGCUAGCCAAGCGGAUUAAAAGCAGGAUCUCUCAGUUGUGAUUCAAGCGACCUAAUGCUCAAACUUUUAGUAUAAGAAACAGGACUCUGUAACUGUAAUUCCUGUUGAAUCUAAUAUUUCAUGCACAUUUUUCUGUAUAUAGAAAUGCUAACCUGGAUGACUGUAAUUGAUUAUAUACAUUACUUUUUUUUUGUAUGUGUAUGAUACGAGAGACUGGCAGGAAAGCCUCUUGUAUUUUUACUGAUGACUUUAAUGCCCAUCAUAUCGAUUGGGUGAAUUUUUAUCACCCACUGAUUUCUGUAGUUAUGCUGCCCAUGAUUUCUCUUGCUUCUCUGGUUGUCCUCGUACUCAUGCUUCACGUGACUGCCUAGAUCUCUUGUUUUAGAGUUUUCCUGAUCUUUAGUAGAUCCUUUGCUUUCUCUGAUCACAGUUCUUUAUUCAAAGUGCGGUUUAGUUGAAUUUAUCCGUACCUAAUGUUUCUUUGUCAUGUCAGGUUUACUUUGAAUUUAAAUUUAAUUUGGAUUUUGUUAAUACGCGUAACAAUGUAUCUGUUAUGGUUUGAGGUGAUAUCUAUCGUGCUGAGUGACCUGUAUCAGCUCUUAUUUCAAAAUUCGUGGGCUUUGUUGAUCGAAGAUUGCUGUACCUGCUGUAAUAUUUACUUUACCAGCAUUAAUGUAACAUAUAUAAAAUUCUCUCUAGUAAGCAAGAGUAAUAAUCUAAUAUUCUUAAGUUAAUUAUCCUUCUGUCACAAUAAUUUUGAUGUUUCUUUAUGUAUAAUCCAUAUGUUUAAUCUCUCUCUCUCUCUCUCUCUCUCUCUCUCUCUCUCUCUCUCUCUCUCUCUCUCUCUCUCUUAUCCUCAGUAGUUAAUCUAUACAUGGAGGUAAGGAAGAAACUGAAAAAGAAUUCAUAAAUUU